GUGACAUUGUGCUUCCAUACAAAAUCAAAAAUGAGUAGCGAAAGUUCAGUUGGAUCAUUCAAGUCCUCAACAACGGAUAAAGGUUUAAUUAAGGUCUUUAUUUUAAACAAGAGGUCAACGCCUGCAAAUGCUACACGGCCGACAUCAUAUGGGCACCUGGCAUAUGUCCAGCCCGGCACAGCGUCAACAGAAAAUGGAAACGGGGUCCCAUUAAGAAUGCACAGACCAAAAACAGCUGCGGCCAUACUUGGCAUCACCAGAGACUGUGACCGUGUGAUACAGCUGGAGCAUGAGCCUACGCGACGCCACAACCUGGAGGCUCACAUGCCUAUGAAGAAGUCCAAGCCCCCGCCCUGGCAGUCCAAGAUUGAUAAAAACAUCCAGAAUUUUCAGCCCCCUCUGGUGCCAUUCGUCGUUGGUCCUGGGUACAUCCUCUCCAAAAGCAAGUCAAAGUUUGCAGUCACGCUAAGAGAUGAAUUCUUCGAGCCUGUGCAAGAUGAAGAGACUAAGAGCAAAAAAGGUGACCAUGAAAGGGAUAACCUGAUUUCCCAGCUGCAGGAGAGGAUAUCAGAUCUGACCUUGUUUCUGGAGGAAGAGAGACUCAAUCAUAAACAGACCAAACAGAAGGGAGAAGAAUUUCUGAAGGACAAGAUGGACGAAAUGGAGAAUUCUAAAAGAAACGCUGUUGCGGAAAAGGAGAGAGAAUGGAAAGAAGAGCUGGAUAAAGUGAAGUCACAGAUGACCACUGAUUACAACAGCUACAAAGCCACAGCUGAGGGGCAGAUAACACGCAUGAAGAAAGAGAUAGAGUUUCUACAGGGGGCGUUUGACUCGUACAAGUCGUCCCUGCAUCGUGAGACGGAUGAUAAAUGGUCGCGCAAACAGGCCGACCUGACCAAUGAACUGGAACAGAAGAAGAAUCAGGAGCUUCAAGAAUUGAGACAGAAAUUUCUUCAAGAGAAGAACCUUGAGAAGGCUCAGUAUUCGAAGGAACACCACAGAGCCCUCGACAACCUACGCAAGGAGCACAAACGGGAGCUUGAUAGUUUACUGCGCAAAUAUUCAGACCAUGCUGCGGACAAGGAACGCCUGGAUAAAUGUUCCCAGGAAUUGCAGGAAACCAAAAAGGAUCUUGCAGAUGUGAAAAACAGUUACAAUGAGACGUGCCAGCAGUUGGCCAACAUCACGCGUACACUCACUGACACGAAAAUGCGCCUGCUUGCGUUUGAGGAGCAGUUUGACCUCAAAGUACAGGAAGUGGAUGAGAAGUACCAGUCAAGAAUCAAUGAUCUGCUAACAGAGAAAACAGAACUCAAACGCAUGUACCGAGCCAAGUGUGAGGAGAUCUAUGAGGAGAAGUUGCUGUUUGAGAAGGACAGAGUGGAGAGAGUCAUGACUGCCAAGGAAACUAUGAAUAAAAUGCUACAAUCCAAACACAAGGCAAAUGUGAACCUCGCUCCAACAAUGAAGGAAGCACAGGACCAGAAGAGAAUUCAAAAGGUUCGCCCAGGAAGCGCACCCAUCACUAAGGGUGAGACCGUCACUGCAGCCCUGUCUGCCGGAGAGACUGGGCAUCUGAUACACGCGGAGGCCCAAUAUGUCCGCCCGACUGUGAUACUGCCAGAAGACUCGGAGGAAAUUCAGCGACUUCGAGCAACUUUGUAUGAGGAAGUGAAAUCAAAACCGACCCACGAGAGUAUAUCAGACAGUGUACCAUGAUGUGUUGAAUAAUAUUUUAUAUGUAAUAAUUUUGUGGUGUGUAGCCUCUUGGAACCAAUUUGAUAGGGGAUGGGGCAGUGUUGCAAAAUGUUGCAAUUAUGUCAUGGUAUUAUAUUGUAACGCUGGUUUACACUUUUUUAUGUAAAAGGCUCAGAUGUAUCAUGCUCGUUAAAGUUAAUUUUUGUUUAGUUAGUGUAUAUUUUACCACUUUUUUAGCUCGACUAUUAUAUAUCAAAUAUAUAUAGUGGAGCUAUCCUACUCACCCCGGCAUCGACGUGACCGUCUGCAUUACCGUUCGGGUCUGCGUUAGCAUGCAAAUGUUAAAGUUUUCGUACUACCCCAAAUAUUUUCUUUGUUCCUUGACAUAUUGCUUUCAUAUUUUGCAUACUUGUUUACCAUAAUGACCCCAACCAAUAAACAAGAGCAGACAACUCUAUCAAGCAUUUUGUCAUAAUUAUGGCCCCUUUUCCACUUAGAAUAUGCAGCAAAUGUUAAAGUUUGCAUACUACCCUAACUAUUUUCUUUGUCCCUUGACAUAUUGCUUUCAUAUUUUGUAUACUUGUUUUCCGACAUUACCCCAACCUAUAAACUAGAGCAGACAACUCUAUCAAGCAUUUUGUCAUAAUUAUUGCCCCUUUUAUACUCAGAAUAUGCAUAUUAUUGAUAAAUCUUUGUUAAAGUUUGCCUACUACCCCAAAUAUUUCCUAUAUCCUUUGACAUAUUGAUUUUAUAUGUUG